UCUUUUCUUACUCUUGUGGGUCUAUCAGACCAUCCACUGACCAUGAAUGGACUUUUUGUGUUCUUCCUUCUCAUCUAUCUGAUGACUCUUAUCACAAACCUUCUUAUUUUUUUCUUGGUCCUCACUGACUACAAUCUGCACAACCCAAUGUAUUUUUUUCUUGCCAACUUGGCAUUUCUGGACAUGUCCUAUUCAUCAGUGACGGCACCAAGGAUGCUCUUUGAUUUGGUCACAAGAAUCCGAUCAAUAUCCAUUCCUGCCUGUAUAUCCCAAGUCUUUUUCUACACCUCAUUUGUUUGCUCAGAACUUUUCUUGCUCUCGGCUAUGUCCUAUGACCGCUACAUUGCCAUCUGCCACCCUCUACAUUACAAACUAAUUAUGUCUUGGAGGGUCUGUACUUGUAUGGCCUCUCUGGUCUGGGUUGCAGGAUAUUCUAUCUCUUUGACCUAUGCUUUAUUUUUGCUCAGGUUGUCCUUUUGCAGAACAUCUUCCAUCCACAACUUCUUCUGUGACCUCCCACACUUAUAUCAAAUUACAUGUACUGACCCCUUCAUAAAUAUGAUGAUCGUAUUUUUAUUAGGUGGUAGUACAGGAUUGGGAGCCUUUCUUUUGACCUUUAUUCCCUAUGUCUAUAUUUUCAGGACCAUCCUCAGAAUCCGUAGCAAGACUGGAAAGAGGAAAGCCUUCUCCACCUGCACAUCACACCUCACCGUGGUCUUCAUCUUUUAUGGCUGCUUCAUUUUUAUUUACUUGGUCCCCACUUCCAGCGAUAUGGUCACUUUAAAUAAACUGUUCUCAGUCAUAACUUCCCUUAUUAACCCAUUGCUGAAUCCUCUGAUCUACAGCCUGAGGAACAAGGACCUUAUGGAGGCACUUAUGAAGUCGUAUUAUCACCUAAAAUUAAUCCAGGCGUCAUGGUGAAAAUGUCAUUGUGAACGUUGACACUUUUUUUUUAUUUCUGUGCCAUUUUUCAGUUGUUUAAAAAAUUGUCCUUUAUAAAAUGUAAACAUGUCGGGAGCUCGUAGUUGCACUUACCUUUACAUGAACAGGAGACAUUGUACCCCACAAACCAAAUGUAGCAGUUUCAUUACACUUUAGUUAUCCUUAAAAUAUUUGUCUACCAUUUUAAUGUAC